UUUAAACUCUUUCUGGCAAAAGAGUUUAUUUCACAUGUACAUCUCUAAAAUUCACGUACACGUCAUGGCGUCCUCUGCUGAUCAAAAGCCCCACGGCCACCUACCAGUCCACCAUGGCGCCACCACGGCGCCACCCCCGACUCCGUCGACCCAAUCCAACCUCACCUCAGAGUCCACCGAAGAUGCCAUCUCUCGUCUGCUUCACCGCCUUCCUUGUAAUCUUUCCCUCUCUCUGCCAACCCGCGGCCGCUCCUCUCCACUCUCCUCCACCACCACCUCCGUCAUCACUCCUCCAGUUAUCUCUCUCUCCGAUCCCUCCCCGACUCUCCACCCUUCCCUCCUCUCUGCCUCCCAAGAACAAGGCUUCUUUCAGCUCAUCCACCACCUCAUCCCCUCACACCUCCCUCCGAUUGCGGAAACAACAUCUAUCUCUCUUUUCGACCUCCCUCACCACCAAAAGCGCCUUCUCUUCCCCAAUAACUGGCCACUCGGCUUCAACUCACCCGACGACGACGACGACGACGACAAUGACGACACCACUACCAAUGGUAGUGAGUCUUUCUGCCUCGACUUGUCAUGCUCGAACGAGUCAACAACCGAGUCGAAUUUGGACUUGGCUUCUCUGCGUGAGUUAACUAGCCAAAUGGAGAAGCUGGGGUUGAAAGUAAUGGAAGAAUUAGCUUCUGCAGCCGGGUUUGAAAAUCCAGCCCGAGACGAUCCAUCUCGGGUCCGUUCUCUAAUGUGGAUAUCUAAUGGGCCCAAUUCGAGUCGGAUAUAUCCAUAUGUAAUCGGGUUGCAUUAUCAAAUAAGGUGUCAACAAUAUUCAUUGUUGUCGGAUUCGGGUUGGAUCCAUGUAUCGCCCCAAGUGGACUCUGUGCUUGUUACUCUGGGAGACAUAGCUCAGGUUUGGAGUAAUGGAAAGUUCAAGAAAGUGAGAGGAAGAGCGUUACCUGUAUCGGGUGAUGACAAAAGUUCAAUGUCUCUGCUAAUUACCCUCCCCAUUGAAAGCACAGUCUCUGCCCUUAUUCCCAAGUUAGCUAUGAAUGGCAUUGAGGAGAAAGAAAACGAAGAUGAUGACUGUUGUUCUGAGGACGCAGGAGAAGAGAUGCUUUUCCACUCAUUUUCUUUCGAGGAUUAUGCAUGGAGAGUCUACCAUGAGCGUCUUUUUCGUAAAGAUCCACUUUUGAGGUACCGCAUUUAAGUGUCAUUGUCUAGGCACAGGAUAGUGUGCAUCCCAAAUUGCCUGACCAUGACACGCUUGCUGCUCGUUUCGAUACACAGAAACAUCGUAGACCGCCAACCUGAAUUCAUUGGAGUAACUUUUGAAUAUGCAGACCUUUUUGAUUUUCUAUGCUUUAUAUACAUUUUGUUAUUCUGGAAGUAUAUCAUAUAUUUUGGCUUAUGCUUA